GUUUGCCUGCCUCUAACUGUCCCGCUAAAUCUGCCGAAACGUGUCCAUCCACCCCACGCCACCAUGCAGGCGGCCUCUUUCUUCUGAUUGCCGGUCACCUCUCCGUUCUAAGGUUUGCAAAGCAAGGCAGAAAAUGGAGAGCGAUACAGGGCAGUGGUCCCAUCUCCCGAAGGAUCUGCUAGCGAAGAUCGCCGGACGCCUCGACACCCGCAUCGAUUUUCUCCGUUUCCGCGGCGUCUGCUCUUCAUGGAUGUCGUCCGUUUCCCCUACCUUUCCCAGCAAAAACCCUCUCUUGUCUCUGAAAAUCCCGUACCCCAUUGACUCCAUUGCAAACCUCAACAUCAGUGACCCCGACACCCCCAACCCUCGCGUCUCCUUUUCCCUCAUCGAGUCCACUCUCUAUUAUCUUCAACCACUCCGCCAAACCCCAGAUUCCAAAGAGGCCCUGUUGGUUAAGUUGGAGGAGCCUAAACCAGAGAAAGUCCGUCUUAUGGACACCUUCUCCAGACGCGCCAUCCAGCAUCUGCCCAAAAAUUUCCCCAAGGUUCUCAAUACCCUUGACUUUCGAGUCCGUGAAGUUGGUAAAACUUAUGGUCUUCGUUUCUUUGAUGUUCGGGGUAAGCCUAUUACUAGGUUUGAGUUCAAAUCUAUUUUGAUUAAGAAAGUAAUUAUGUUCUCGAAGGGUGAUGAGUAUGGUUUGAUGAUGAUUCGUUUUAGAGGGGGGCUGGCUCUAUGGAGAUUGGGGGAGAAGAAAUGGAGUUUGAUAGAUGAUGGAGCAGAGAAAUCUCAUUUUGACGAUGUUAUAUACUAUAAGGGGAGAUUCUAUGCUAUUGAUUAUAUAGGAAGAAUCGUGGUGAUUGAUGUUGACUCUCUGAAAGCCACAGAGCUUGCGUCUCCGGUGCAUGGUAGCAGGGGUAAUCACAGGCAUUUUGUGGAGUCAUUUGGGGAACUGUUUUUGGUUGAUAAGUACGUAGUAACCUUUUGUAAUAAUUAUAGCGACAUAGUUUCUGUUGUCCCGGAUUAUCCUGUUCAUUUUGAGGUCUUUAAGUUCAUUGAGGAGGAGCAGAAGUGGGAUUGGGUAAGCGACAUUGGCGACCGAGUGUUGUUUGUGGAUGAUGACCGCACCUUUUCUCUCUCGUCUACCGACUUCCCUGGAUUCAAGGGGAACUGCGUUUAUUUCACCGAAUACUGUUUCUGUGAAGAAGACUAUGAUCGUCCCGGGUUCGAAGCUGGCAUAUUCGAUUUAGAGCAGCGCAUUGCUAGGCCACUAUCGGCUUUCCCAGGGUAUUCUAAGAUCUUUUGGCCACCCCCAGUUUGGCUCAGGCCACAAAGAAGCUAAAUGCAAGUAUGGACUAUUCUAGUUUUAAAAUCUCACUGGUUUUCUCCAUUUCUAACAGGAUUCUUGUUGUUGAUUUUCCAUUGGCACUGAGAACAGCCUGAACAGGGUGACUUGUAGACCUUUUAUUUGGUCAUAUAUCUAGUAGAUGGUGCUUCUGAAUUUCUGGAGUUUUUGGAUAUUAUAAUGGUUUCUUUGGUUCAACUUUUAAGCAUAUGUAUCUUGGGUGAAUGGAUUGUGCUUCUGAAUCUUUAAGGCAUGGGAUAUUAUGCUUGGUUUCUUAGUAUUAGACUGUAAUUUCCUAUCAUUUUUAACUCUCUAGAGUUGCAGACACAAGGUCUAAAGAAUGAACAUGGAGAAGUAGAUGA